UAGACAAAGAUGGCAUCAAGCAGUACAAGCAGCGAGGAGGAGCGCAGCCUCCGAGAGUGUGAGCUGUAUGUUCAGAAACACAACAUCCAGCAGCUGCUUAAGAACUGCAUCAUCCAGCUGUGCACAGCCCAGCCCGACCGGCCCAUGGCCUUUCUCAGAGACUACUUCCAAAGACUGGAGAAGCAGGAGGAGGUGCAGCAGAUGGCUGUGCAGCAGAAGUCGAGCUUGCGGUCAGACUCCCGUGAGGAUGAAGUUUCUCCACCCAUUAACCCUGUGGUGAGGGGUCGGAGCCGGAGAGGAGCCAUCAGUGCUGAGGUGUACACUGAGGAAGAUGCUACCUCCUAUGUCAGGAAGGUCUGUGCUGGUACCUUGUUCUCGUGUUUUCACUCACACACCUACAUUCUGGCCUGAAAGCUGCACAAAUCAGUAUUUUUAUGCUAUCAGCUGCAGGACUUAAAGUUCUCCCACACUGUGCUGGAAUUCCUUCACAGGGCUGUUUUUAAAUUCAAAAAUAGAUUAUUGUACAUCUGUUGAAAAUAUUCUUGCAUAUUUUGUGUAAACAUAGCAAUGUUAUGAUAAUAAUAAUAAUAAAAAUUCUCUAAACCAGAGUUACAAAGUGCCUUACAAUACAAUAUCAGACA